AUGUCCAACUAUCCUACUGCCAUUCAACCUGGAGCAAACCGACCUUCUGCUUCUUCGUCGUCUUCCGCAGCCGCGGCGAGGCCUGAUGGAAGCUCGCGCUCGCGUGAGCUCCUGGACUCGGACGAAAACCGAACGCACUACCCUCAUUGGUACUCCGACGCGAUGGAUGCAGGCCCAAGCUCAAUGGUCGUUGAUCCCGCGGGAAGUGCGUUCAACCCGAUGCACGCAACGAGAACCCGCCAGCCGUCGCCGCUGGCAUCCCGCGCCCCGCCGCCGUCACCCAUGUCGUUCUUCCAGCAGCAACUAACUGCGGGAGCGUUGAACUUUAGCUCUCCGCGGGGACCUUUGGCCAGCCAGACGGGGCGAGAGCAGCCAUCGCAGCUUGGCGCUCAGCGGGUGCGUUUUGGCGCCCAAAGCUCUCCAACUCUGACUGCGCUUCGCUCUGACCAGGCAGACAGAGGCGCUUCGGCUACGCCGUCGUCGUCUGCAGCGCUCCUUUCCAGCUAUUCGGCGCGUGAGGCUGCACCGGGGUUUGCGGGAAGUGAAAGCCUUGCCAACUCUGAGUUUGUCCGCCGACCGGAGUCUGGGGCUGCAUCUGGUGAAGCGGCUGCUGUCGAUUCUGUGCUUGAAGAGCAGCAGCUUCAACGCUUUCGUGAGCUCGCCUCUUCUCUAGGUCGAGAGGGCGAUCUUGAAGCGCGAGUCAGCGCGAUCGAGAGUUGUCUCAGUCUCCUCGCCACUGAUUCAAAGCCGUUGUUUGGCCUGGUUGCUCGAGUGACUGCAAUGGAAGAGUUUCUUGCCAAGCACUAUGUCGAGUUAAUUGCUCACAUCGAAGCGCUGGAGCGUGAGUUGGACCUCCUUUCGAAAAACGCAAAGCCGUGA